GACUUCCGGCGCGAGGCGCCGCGGUCGAGCUGGUCUGGCUCCAUGGCGGCCCCGCUGCUUCACACGCGGUUGCCGGGUGAUGUGGCCGCUUCGGCCGCUGCCGUGCAGACGCUGGGGACCGCGAGGACUGGGAUUUCAGAUAUGCUUGCAUUGGAGAAUGAUUUUUUCAAUUCUCCCCCAAGAAAAACUGUUCGAUUUGGUGGAACUGUGACAGAAGUCUUGCUGAAGUACAAAAAGGGUGAAACAAAUGACUUUGAGUUGUUGAAGAACCAGCUGUCCGAUCCAGACAUUAAGGAUGACCAGAUCAUUAACUGGUUGUUGGAAUUCCGGUCUUCCAUCACACACUUGACAAAGGACUUUGAGCACCUUGUCAGUAUCCUAUUGAAAUUGCAGUGGUUGAAUCGAAGUCAAACAGUGGUGGAGGAGUACCUGGCCUUUCUUGGGAAUCUCGUGUCAGCACAGACUGUCUUUCUUCGACCAUGUCUCAGCAUGAUUGCUUCUCACUUUGUACCUCCCCGAGUGAUCAUUAAGGAAGGUGAUGUGGAUGUUUCCGAUUCUGAUGACGAAGAUGAUAAUCUUCCUGCAAAUUUUGACACAUGUCACAGAGCCUUGCAAAUAAUAGCAAGAUACGUCCCAUCGACACCUUGGUUUCUUAUGCCAAUACUGGUCGAAAAAUUUCCAUUUGUCCGAAAAUCCGAGAGAACAUUGGAGUGUUAUGUUCACAAUUUACUAAGGAUCAGUGUGUAUUUUCCAACCUUGAGGCAUGACAUUCUGGAGCUUGUUAUUGAAAAGCUGCUCAGAUUGGAUGUGAAUGCAGCUCGGAGAGAUAUUGAAGAUGCUGAGGAAACUACUCAAACUAGUGGUGGGACAGAUGCUGCAGAAGGGCUGUUUAAUAUGGAUGAAGAUGAAGAAACUAAAUGUGAAACAAAGGCUGAUUCUGUGCCAGUCGACCGCAUGGUGCACCCGGUAGCCGAACGCCUGGACAUCCUGCUGUCUUUACUACUGUCCUACAUUAAGGAUGUCUGCUACGUGGAUGGUAAAGUUGAUAACAACAAAACAAAGGAUUUAUAUCGAGAUCUGAUAAGCAUCUUUGAUAAACUCCUGUUGCCCACCCACGCCUCCUGCCAUGUACAGUUUUUUAUGUUUUACCUCUGUAGCUUCAAGCUGGGUUUUGCAGAAGCCUUUUUGGAACAUCUAUGGAAAAAAUUGCAGGAUCCAAAUAAUCCUGCUAUCAUCCGGCAAGCUGCAGGGAAUUAUAUUGGAAGCUUUUUGGCAAGAGCAAAAUUUGUUCCUCUUAUUACUGUCAAAUCCUGCCUAGAUCUGUUGGUUAACUGGCUGCACUUGUACCUUCAUAACCAGGAUUCAGGAACAAAGGCUUUCUGCGACGUUGCUCUCCAUGGACCAUUUUAUUCAGCCUGUCAGGCUGUGUUCUACACUUUUGUUUUCCGACACAAGCAGCUAUUAAGUGGCAAUCUGAAGGAAGGCUUGCGGUACCUUCAGGGUCUAAAUUUUGAACGCAUUGUCAUGAGUCAGCUGAAUCCUCUGAAGGUUUGCCUGCCCUCAGUGGUUAACUUUUUUGCUGCUAUCACCAGUAAAUACCAGCUGGUCUUCUGCUACACCAUCAUUGAGAGGAACAAUCGUCAGAUGCUCCCUGUCAUUAGAAACACAGCUGGAGGAGACUCAGUGCAAACCUGCACAAACCCACUUGACACCUUCUUCCCCUUUGACCCUUGUGUUCUUAAGAGGUCAAAGAAAUUCAUUGAUCCUACUUAUCAGAUAUGGGAAGACAUGAAUGCUGAAGAGCUUCAGGAGUUUAAGAAAGCCAUUAAAAAGGAGAUGGUGGAAGAUGAAGAUGACGAUUUUUUGAAAGGUGAAGCACACCAGAAUGAGUCUGUGAUUGGGAUAACACCCAGCUCCUUUGAUUCCCAUUUCCGGAGUCCUGCCAGUAGUGUGGGCUCCCCACCGGUGUUGUACAUGCCAGACCAGUCCCUUCUGAUCUCAAGGAUUUGUGACUGA